AUGUCAUCAGGCCAACAAGAUAGCACGGCGAAUGCGCCAAGUGGUGCUGGAACUGAAACGGAAGCCAAACCCAACGAUCCGUGUCUUUUUCUUGCAGGCUACAAGGAAAGAGUGCCCCAGAAUGUUCAAGAAAUGGAUACUUGGAUGGUAGACAUGAAAGCUACCUUGCUUGCGCGGCUAAGAUACACCCAACGCGCAAGCGCAGAGGAGGAAGUGAAGAGUUUAGACGAUUCCAAUCCAACAAUUUCCUCGCAGAUCAACCAAAAACUGAAAAGGAUUGGUAGCAUCUGGGAAAAAUGGUUACCAGAGCACGACGUCGUGGAAGGCGAGAUACGCGACAGCAAAAGACUUCAGCAAAUGAUCAACGAAAUUGCAGAGCCGUACCAUGAGUUGCAUGAAUAUCAUCUCAACAAUAAAACAUGGGCGAAAAAGGAGGAACACAUGUUUGCACAGCAGUGCUGGGAAGACUUCCUUUAUUACCAGAACGAGUGGAACAGGAGAGGGCCGCCAUGGAACGUGGAACCUAUUAUGAUGUCGAAACGCGGCAUUCAAUGGCCCACAAACGACGCCUAUGUCGGAUGGUUAAGUCAUUUAAUAAGUCUUUAUGACAAAUUUCAAAUAGGGAGUAGGGAAAAUAUGCCCGAUCGACUGACUCCUGAAGACGCGCACCGCUAUUCGAACAGCAUUCGCCAUACAACUCCCUUCGAGGGCAGGCUAAGCCAUCUACGGACGAAAUUUCCACACAAUGACAAAGAAGUUCACUAUGAUUGGGAAUCGUUCAACCAAGCACGGGAGCAUCUGUCAGGCGAGCAGGUUGAAGGAAAGUUUUGGAAAAUGUAUCAUGAGGGGGGCAAAAAAGGGAAAUGGGGCCUUCAAACUUCGUUCGAAGACGGUACAUGGGGCAGUGAGCCUACGAGGAUCAGACGCGACGGUAAAGCACAAAAGUUACUUCAUUCGAAUGGGUCUGAGUAUCUUGAGCUCGGGCAAUGGAGAAUAUUUCCGAAGCGAUCGUCACCCACUGGAACUGGCAAAUCUAAUGAUGACAACACCAAAUCUAACGAUGACAACGCCAAAUCUAAAACCCAUCCUCUAAUCGAGAAGGGAAUCCGAUACAAGCAGAAGUUGGUGAAAGAAACUCAAACUAUUCAACAGAUUGACACCGAUGAACAAGGCAAUCCAGUACGCGACAAGUCCGGGAAAUGGAAGACAACAUCAUCGGACAUAACGAUUGAGAAACAUCAACCCGAAACAGAUGCGGAAGGGGCCUUAAUUCGCGAUCACAACAAGUACUAUGAAUUUACAGCCAGAGCCUACGCUGUCGAGGAAACUAGUCGAAUCGACAGCGAGAAUCGACAGAGCAGAAGGCAUGACUAUGGUUCCGACGAAUUCAGUGCGGACGAAGAUUCGGCAGCUAUUGAGCCGGAAAGUGACACGGAUGUUGGGUCACCAGCCCUUAGAUAUGGUCGACGAAGCCCAGGCAAUUCCGAGCAUGGUCCAGAGGAGAUUGACUUCGAAUCUCCAUUCGAAGGGGAUCUUUUUCAAAAGAGCUACCGGGAAUGUUCAAGCACUGGGUGUAGUCGUUCAGGCACUAAAACCGUUGACCCUCACCGCGCCAACACUGAAGCAAUCACUGAAGACAGCAACGAUAAACCACCGAGCGGAGGAGCUGAGGAGAAUAAUGAUGCGGACGAGGAGCGCGAUAGCAACGACAACAGUCCUAAUCCAUCAACUUCUAAACUCCAAGUCCAUACAGUACUGCGAAAUCCCCCCACCACUUCCAACCGUAAAUCUCCACAACCUUCGGUCAUGCCUUCACAUUUAGACGAUUUCGAGGUGCAAGCGUUGUACACCCAGCUUGACAUUCAUGUGGAAAAGGUUGGCCUGGUGAAUUUUGCGAUCAAGAGAGAUUUUGAUGUGGACAGCUUCAUGGGGAACCUUCGAAAUCAUGCAUUGAGGCUCUGGGGAAAAGAAAGGCCUGUCCAUGUAGUACGAAACAGGUUAAACCAGUACGCAAGAAUACUCACGCCAGAUGCUCGUGACUUAGAGAAUCGUCAGAAGACUGGCACAGUGCCUUCUACGGAGUUAUACCCUAAGGGAAUUCGCUAUAGAAUCGCGCAACUGGAACAGCAGGAGAAGGAAAUCAAAAAGAAGAAGAAGAAGAAGUAG